CCCUAAUGGAACUAUAUCAAUGGAAAAUCCAAAUUUGAAAUCUCUCUAGUCUUGGCAAUAUGUUAAGUGAAGCUAAUGUGUUUUUAUUUCUUUCCUUGCCUUGUUUAGUGAAAUAUAUGUAUUUCUUUACUCACUCGAAUAUGUGUUCACUAUCUCCGUUGCGCAUUGGAUAAAUCUGGUUCGUUCGUGUAUGAAUCCCUAUCGCGGUGGUAAACCCCGUGUCUUUUGAUGAAGGAAAUUCCUAACAAUUCUUGGUUGAUUAUGAAGAUGAAGAUGAAGAUGAUAGAAUGAUGGAUGCGGCCGCAGAAUGUUGCGUUCCGCCGGGCUUCCGCUUCCACCCGACCGAUGAGGAGCUCGUCGGCUACUACCUCAGGAAGAAGGUCGCGUCGCAGAAGAUCGAUCUCGAUGUUAUAAGAGAUAUUGAUCUUUAUAGAAUCGAGCCAUGGGAUCUUCAAGAAAAAUGUGGGAUCGGAUAUGAAGAGCAGAAGGAGUGGUACUUCUUCAGUCACAAAGAUAAGAAGUACCCAAGCGGGACGAGGACGAACCGGGCUACAAUGGCCGGGUUUUGGAAGGCGACUGGGCGGGAUAAGGCGGUAUACGACCGGUCAAAGCUCAUCGGAAUGAGAAAAACCCUUGUUUUUUACAAGGGAAGAGCACCUAAUGGCCAGAAAACCGAUUGGAUCAUGCACGAGUAUAGGCUUGACUCUGACAUCAAUUCGCCUCCUCAGGAAGAAGGAUGGGUGGUAUGUCGUGCAUUCAAAAAGCGGACGACCGGCCAAUCCAAGAGCAGCAACGAAGGGUGGGACCCGGCAGCAUACUACUACGAUGAAGCAAAAUUUGUGCCCCAAAACUUGUUGUGUAAACAGGAGACAGAAAGCCUCCAGUUUGCGCAACUCCCGCAACUAAAGAGCAGCAAUAAUAUUAUCGAAGACGAAGAUCGAUGUUCGAAAAAAGUAACGGACUGGAGAGAUCUCGACAAAUUUGUGGCGUCGCAGCUAAGCCACGGGGAUGAAUACCACGGUGAUUCACAAAUGGAACUGCUUCUGCGGAGAGAAGAAGAGACACCUCCAAACUUGCUCUCAGCUUCUGAUCAUUCUGAUAUUGGGAUUUGCAUAUUUAAUAAAUAAACCUACCCUCUCAACUUCCCUGGGAUUUAUACAAUUCUUGUGAACAAAUAUGGAGUAUUAUAUUUGUUGGCUAUAUAAAAUAUAUAUGAGCUUUCA